UUUCCCGCUUCAAACAGUCUCUCUCUGUCUCUCAACAUCGCUCCGACACAGCGAACUGAAGUGGAUUCUCUCUGAUCGACGAAGAAGAAGAAGAUCGAGGAAGAUGAGCAAGAACCUGGAGGCUCGGACGCACUCGCUGCUCAACGAGCUCAACUUCGACAAGGGCGGCUUCUUCGACCUCGGCCACCCUCUGCUCAACCGCAUCGCCGAGAGCUUCAUCAAGGCCGCCGGGAUUGGAGCGAUUCAGGCCGUGUCGCGGGAAGCCUACUUCGCAGCGGUUGAAGGCGCGGGAUUGGAUUCGGGCAAUGGCGUACCAGAAAUUCCAGGUGCGAAGAAACGGCGGUUCCCUGGGCUGAGAGGAGCAACCAACAGGAAUUCCCUGGAGGCCAUGGUGAAGAGUACUGGCAAAGAAUCCCUGCAGUGGGGACUGGCUGCUGGUGUGUACUCGGGUUUAACAUAUGGGUUGAAGGAGGCCCGCGGAGCACAUGAUUGGAAGAACAGCGCAGUCGCAGGAGCUAUCACAGGCGUGGCGCUCGCGCUCACACAGGACGACACUUCGCACGAGCAGAUUGUGCAGUGCGCCAUCACCGGGGCUGCGAUUUCCACUGCUGCAAACCUCCUUUCAGGGAUAUUUUGACAUGCCCAGAGGUGGGCCUUUUUGUUUGGAGAAGAAAACUUAGUUUCCCCUUCUGUCUUCUUAAAUAAGCAUGGACCACAGGAUCUUGUAAAGUUGUUCUGUCCGGACUGGAUCCUUCUAAAGUGCCUCGAUUGCGAAGUGUUUAUACUUGGCAACGUUUGCGUGUUCACGGCGAGGAAGUUUAGGAUGGCGAGAGAUGGCUGGAGCUAGUUGAUGUUUGUUCAGGUCUUGUUGAUAUUGAAAGCAUCACGUUUCAUUU